AUGACAACCUUCUCUAAGAUCCUUGGCAAGACAGACACUAGCAAAACACUGUCAGUGCCUACGAAUUAUCUCAAGUCUCUCCCAUCUUUCAAAGGUGGACAUGCCGUGGAAUUUCAAGCAAUAGAUGAGAGUGGCUUCGUCUGGACCUUUCAGUGUUCUAUUCGCAAGAAAGGACAGUACCCGAAGCCAGUUCUUUCAAAGGGCUGGCGUGCAUUCGUCCGCAACAAGAAGCUUAAAGUUGGCGACAAGAUCAAAUUUUCCUUGAACCAAACCGCUGCUGCAACACCCUUUUACAGGGUUCAAGCACAAAAGGAAGUUAAGAUAUUUGGUGCUAUCUUUGGCUAUUCACCCAUCAUAGCCACAUUUCCAUGA